AUGGACUGUACCAACGCCUCUGGAGCCUCUGGACUGUACCAACGCCUCUGGACCGCACCAACGCCUCUGGACCGUACCAACGCCUCUGGACCCUCUGGACCGUACCAACGCCUCUGGACCGUACCAGCGCCUCUGGACCGUACCAACGCCUCUGGAGCCUAUGGACUGUACCAACGCCUCUGGAUCGUACCAACACCUCUGGAGCCUCUGGACUGUACCAACGCCUCUGGACCGUACCAACGCCUCUGGAUCGUACCAACGCCUCUAGAUCGUACCAACGCCUCUGGACUGUACCAACGCCUCUGGACCGUACCAACGCCUCUGGAUCGUACCAACGCCUCUGGACCGUACCAACGCCUCUGGACCGUACCAACUCCUCUGGACCGUACCAACGCCUCUGGACCGUACCAACGCCUCUGGAGCAUGUGGACUGUACCAACGCCUCUGGACUGUACCAACACCUCUGGAUCGUACCAACUCCUCUGGAUCGUACCAACGCCUCUGGACCGUACCAACUCUCUGGAGCCUCUGGACUGUACCAACGCCUCUGGACUGUACCAACGCCUCUGGAUCGUACCAACUCCUCUGGAUCGUACCAACGCCUCUGGAGCAUGUGGACCGUACCAACGCCUCUGGACUGUACCAACGCCUCUGGAUCGUACCAACGCCUCUGGACUGUACCAACGCCUCUGGACUGUACCAACGCCUCUGGAUCGUAGCAACACCUCUGGAGCAUGUGGACCGUACCAACGCCUCUGGACUGUACCAACGCCUCUGGAUUAUCGUAUCAACGCCUCUGGACUGUACCAACGCCUCUGGACUGUACCAACGCCUCUGGACUGUACCAACGCCUCUGGACUGUACCAACGCCUCUGGAUCGUACCAACGCCUCUGGACUGUACCAACGCCUCUGGACUGUACCAACGCCUCUGGAUCGUAGCAACACCUCUGGAGCAUGUGGACCGUACCAACGCCUCUGGACUGUACCAACGCCUCUGGAUUGUACUAACGCCUCUCUGGACUGUACCAACGCCUCUGGACUGUACCAACGCCUCUGGAGCCUCUGGACCGUACCAACGCCUCUGGAUUGUACCAACGCCUCUAGAUCGUAUCAACGCCUCUGGACUGUACCAACACCUCUGGACCGUACCAACGCCUCUGGAUCGUACCAACGCCUUUGGACCGUACCAACUCCUCUGGACCGUACCAACGCCUCUGGACCGUACCAACGCCUCUGGAGCAUGUGGACUGUACCAACGCCUCUGGACUGUACCAACGCCUCUGGACUGUACCAACGCCUCUGGAUCGUAG